AUGGCAACAACAACUGACAGUAGGGCAAUCUCCAAACCCUCCAAAUGGUUCUCUAACAAGAGUCUCAAGCUCAGCUUCCCCGGUCGAAGAUCAUCCAAAUCUAGCCCUAAAUCUCCUCUGUCCCCGACCAGUGCUCCAGUUGGGCCAAUCAGUCCACGAUGGACAAGCAGGGAAGAUGAGCUCAGAGAAGUUUUUCGCUAUUUCGAUGGAGAUGGCGAUGGCAAAAUAUCAGCCUCCGAGCUCAGAGCCUAUUUUGGGUCCAUAGGUGAGUACAUGUCGCAUGAGGAGGCUGAGGCUGUGAUCAAAGAUCUUGAUGCAGAUGGAGACAGCCUGUUAGACUUUGAAGACUUUCUGCAGCUGAUGGGCAGAGGAGGAGGAGACGACGAGGACUUGAAGAAGGCCUUCGAGAUGUUUGAAUUGGAGAAGGGGGUCAUAACCCCUAGAAGCUUGCAGAGGAUGCUGCAUAGGCUUGGUGACACCAAGUCAUAUCAUGAGUGUGUCACCAUGAUUCAAGUUUUUGAUACUGAUGGCAAUGGGGUGGUUGAUUUUAAUGAGUUUCAUCGAAUGAUGGCUUAA